GGGUUGUCGAUUUAGGGGGGAACUGGAGGUAGGCUGUGAGGAGGGGUUGUUGGUUUGGGGAGCUGGAGAUAGGCUGUACUGUUCUUUCUCCCUGCGCCCUUGCUUCCUUGUGUGUUCGAGGGUGCCUGUUGGGUAGGCUGUGAGGGGGUUGGCUGUGAGGAUGUUGGCUGUGAGGAGGGAGCUGACUGUGAGCUUCCUUCUGUGUUUGAGGGUGCCUGUGAAGAGGGGGUUGUCGGCUGAGGGGGGAACUGGAGGAAGCUGCACUGUUAUUUCUCCCUGCCACCCUUGCUUGUGUGUUCGAGGGUGCCUGUUGGGUAGGCUGCGCUGCUCUUUCUCCCUGCUGCCCUUCUUGUUUCCUUGUAUUUUCAAGGGUGCCUGUCGGGUAGGCUGUGAGGAGGGAGUUGCCUACGAGGAGGUUGGCUGUGAGGAGGGGGUUGGCUGUGAGGAAGAGAUUGUCGGCUUAGGGAGCUGGAAGUAGGCUGCGCUGCUCUUUCUCCCUGCCGCCCUUACUUCCUUUGUGUUCGAGGGUGCCUGUUGGGUAGGCUGUAUUGUUCUUUCUCCCUGCCGCCCUUCUUGCCGCCCUUCUUCUUUUGUGUUCGAAGGU